AAGCUUCGCCCAAAGAAUUUUAGAGGGUGGGUGGGGAAGGAAAGACGCGGGAAUAUGGCGGACUGUUGGUUGGGUCCCUCUACCUCUCCCUCUUUCCAUUUGUGUAGUAGUAGUACUACUACUACUACGGCUAAGACCUCCCCUCUCUCUCUCUCCCAUUUUCCUUUCGGAUCUCUUUCUCCAAUGGCUACUCUUCGUUCUUCCUCACUCAACCAUUGCCGUUGCUCCUCUAACUCAAACCCUAACCAGCCUUCUUUGCUCGUCUUUUCUGGUGGGACUGCGUUUAACGGUUUGGUGGAAGAGCUUAAGAAUUUCACGACACGUGUCGCCCAUGUUCUUCCUGUUUCCGAUGAUGGAGGAAGCACCGCUGAGAUUGUUCGUGUCCUCGGUGGUCCGGCUGUUGGAGACAUAAGGUCGAGGUGUUUGAGGUUGUCGGAUCAAAGCAGUGCUGAGGCUCUUGCUGUCCGAAGAUUGCUUGGUCAUCGUUUACCACUUGAUGCCCCGUUGGCCAAAUCAGAAUGGUACGAUAUUGUGGAAGGACAACAUCUUCUGUGGAAUGGUGUAUCAAAGCCCUACAGGGAAACAAUUCGAGCUUUCCUGGCUUAUUUUCAGAACCAGAUUCUCCGGCGGUCUGAUGAAUCAUUUUGUUUUAGCAAUGGCAGCAUUGGGAAUUUCUUCUUUGCAGGAGCACGUAUAUUUUUUCAGUCUUUAGAUGCUGCAAUAUUUUUGUUCUCACGUGUUUCACAUAUUCCUUCUGAAAGUCUGGUCCUCCCAGUGAUUUCGACCAAUGACAGGCUUACAUUAGGAUGUGAAUUAUGGGAUGGGACUAUAAUAAGAGGUCAGAAUGAAAUUUCUCAUCCAACUUGUGGUUCCAUGGAGCCUAUUAAUAAGGAAAGAUCUUCAGUUCCAGCGCUUCCUUCAAGAAUAAAGCGGGUUUUCUACAUGUCAAGUGAGGGCAGUAAUUUGCUGCAUGAGGUCUUCCCCACAGCAAAUCCAGCUGUCCUGGACCAGUUGAGUAAAGUGGACUGCAUUGUUUAUGCUAUGGGAUCCCUUGGUACUUCCAUUUGUCCAUCAUUGGUAUUACUAGGCAUUGGGGAGAUCAUUUCUUCAAGGUCCUGCCGCAAGGUGCUUCUGCUGAAUAGUACACAUGACCGAGAAACGAGUGGCUUCUCUGCUUCUUGCUUUGUAACUGCCAUUACAGAUGCUCUAAAUCGAACAUAUGGGGAUCCUCAGAAUUGUCUAAAAAACCAUCCAAGUCAGUAUAUCAAUACACUUUUGGUGCCCAAAUACGGUGAAAUUCCUGUAGAUGAUCAAUGCUUGGCUGCCCAAGGAAUCUUUGAUGUGAUAAAUGUUGAUUCUAUACAUGAUCCAAAAGUUGGUGUAAUAUUUGACCCAAAGUCACUAAUACAAUCUCUUGCUGAUGUGGUAGCCACCCACAUGAGCGCAAAUGUUAAAGAGCUUAAUUGACCAUGCAAAUGAUUCUCAGGAGCAAGAGUAAUAGGUUAUGAUUUGAUUAUUGAAGCCUUCUAAUUGUUGGAUCAUUCUUCCUGAGGUGAAUUUGCCUCGCUUCUUGUGUUGGCUGUUAUAUGAACUUCAAUUCAAACAUGUUCAUGGGAUAUUAUGUAACAUUAUGGAUACCUCAAUUUAAUUUAUAGGUGGCAACUUUAAACUCAUCAAAAUAUCUUUGACGGUUGAUACCUCGCAGGCAGAUUUUCUAGAUGCUGUAACAUUUUUCAGUAUAUAUGUGUGUUCCUGUAGUUUGAUUUCCUGUAUGUAUGAAUAUUCCACUUGCUAACUUUUUAUUUAUCUUUUCAAUAUGUCAAAACAAAUUAAUUCCUUAUA